AGAGGGGGCAUUCGGAAUGCAGGGAGAGCUCACUGCGGCUCCAGGCAAGGAGAGGGAAGCGAGGAGAGAGGUGAGGCGCUGGAAGGGGUGGGGACCGCUGGGCUGGCCCUGGCGGGACGGGGCACGGUGUGAGUGUGCGCGCGCGUGUGCACCGCGUUGAAAUGCCCAGCACGUCGGGGCAGCAGGACAGAGCCCAGGGCGUGCGCGGAGCCUCCCAGUGUCCCGCUCCUGCGGCUGCAGCCAUGACAGAGAACUCGGACAAAGUGCCCAUCGCCCUGGUGGGGCCCGACGACGUCGAGUUUUGCAGCCCCCCGGCGUACGCUACUGUGUCCGUGAAGCCCUCCAGCCCCGCGCGGCUGCUCAAGGUAGGAGCUGUGGUCCUCAUUUCGGGGGCGGUGCUGCUGCUCUUCGGAGCCAUCGGGGCCUUCUACUUCUGGAAGGGGAGCGACAAUCACAUUUACAAUGUCCAUUACACCGUGAGUAUCAAUGGGAAAUUACAAGAUGGGUCAAUGGAAAUAGAUGCGGGGAACAACUUGGAGACCUUUACAAUGGGAAGCGGAGCUGAAGAAGCAAUUGAAGUUAAUGAUUUCCAGAACGGCAUCACAGGAAUCCGUUUUGCUGGAGGGGAGAAGUGCUACAUCAAAGCGCAGGUGAAGGCUCGUGUUCCUGAGGUGGGCACCGUGGCCAAGCAGAGCAUCUCCUCUGAGCUGGAAGGCAAGAUCAUGCCAGUCAAAUACGAAGAAAAUUCUCUUAUCUGGGUGGCUGUAGACCAGCCUGUGAAGGACAACAGCUUCUUGAGUUCUAAAGUCUUAGAACUCUGCGGUCACCUUCCUAUUUUCUGGCUUAAACCAACCUAUCCAAAAGGAGGGACAGAAAUCCAGAGAGGAAAAAGAGAAUUGGAAAGAAAAAUUGUUACGACGACCACAAGAAGACUGCGCAGUGGACCACGGGGCAACCCAGGCGCUGGAAGACCGAAUAACGAAACCAGACCCGGAGUUCAGGAGGAUUCAGGCCCCUUCAAUCCGGACAACCCUUACCACCAGCAGGAAGGGGAAAGCAUGACAUUCGACCCUAGGCUGGAUCAUGAAGGAAUCUGCUGUAUAGAAUGUAGGCGGAGCUACACCCACUGCCAGAAGAUCUGUGAGCCCCUGGGCGGUUACUAUCCGUGGCCUUACAAUUAUCAAGGUUGCCGUUCCGCCUGCAGAGUUGUCAUGCCUUGUAGCUGGUGGGUGGCCCGCAUCUUGGGCAUGGUGUGAAAUCACUUCGUAUACCAAGGGCUGUAAAGUAAGAAUUAACUCCAGAGACAACCAAAGUUUGAGGCUUCUUGUUGCUGAAGGGACCACAAAGUAUUUUUUACUCCAUCUGAGGAAUGUUAUUCGAGACACUUAGAAUAUUUUUCAACGGCUUUACAGAACUUUAUCCAGAACUGCAAAUGGAUUGAAAGGGUAGUUUAAGUCUAAAAUAUCAUAAUUCUUAUUACUUGCUAUUUUUUUAUCUGCUUUUCUUUGCCAGUAAGUCCUGCUUAUAAGACUUAUUUACCAAGCUAUUUUGAAAUAACCAUGAAAAAUUACAAUUUGUCAAAGGUCUCGGCUGUACACUUGAGUUCCUUUUAAUCAAGUCACUGACUAAAACAAUUAAGUUGUUUUCUGUUGUUCUUUGUACAGAAUUCCUCAGUUGUUCUGAACCUUUAUUGUUCUUUCCCUUUCUUGCAAAUGUGCUCCCAGUUUCCAGAUUAAAAACACAGACAAAAAAGGAAAACAAGACAUAUAAUGGAAUCUACCUGGGAGUAAACAUUAUAAACCUCAGUGUGGGAGCGCAUGGGAAAUUCAUUACGUAUAGGAUGUGCCAGCAUGUGAUUAACAGGUGGCUGCCAUGUUAAGAGUCACCCACAACCAAGAAAAAGAGCAUUAGGAUAUAUGAAGGAAAAUGUAGUCGAAGAUGAAAUCAGACCUGUGGGGAAGGACUUGCACUGAUACGCUGAAAACCAGGUCUUCACACCCUUUCAGUCUGGUCUUGGUAAGUGGUCACUGUCACUGGGCAUGAAGCACAUCAUGAUUUCUCCCUUUGUAGUACAAGUCAGGCUGUUGAUGUGUGUCCAAUUACCACUAGGUUACCUACCUAGUAAUAGGGCUGACAGUGCUGCUUGACAGAUGCAGCUGAGGAGGAAUGGCUUAUUUACUUAUAAUGACAUAAAGUGUCUCAGGAACAAGGACUGUCUUUAGAAACUGAAAUUUUAGAUCAGGAAGAUGAGCAGUAUUUC